AUGGCUGCUCAUAACUACAAGGUCGCUGAUAUCUCCCUCGCUGCUUUCGGUCGCAAGGAAAUCGAAAUCGCAGAAGGUGAAAUGCCUGGUUUGGUCGCUUUGCGUACCAAAUACGGUAACGAAAAGCCAUUGGCAGGUGCCCGUAUUGCAGGUUGCUUGCACAUGACAAUUCAAACUGCUGUUUUGAUUGAAACUUUGGUCGCUUUGGGUGCUCAAGUUACAUGGUCUUCAUGCAACAUCUACUCUACCCAAGACCACGCUGCUGCCGCAAUUGCUGCAACUGGUAUCCCAGUCUUUGCAUGGAAGGGUGAAACUGAAGAAGAAUACCAAUGGUGCAUCGAACAACAACUCAAGGCAUUCCCCAACGGUGAAGGACUUAACAUGAUCCUCGAUGACGGUGGUGAUUUGACCUGGACCGUUCACCAAAAGUACCCUGAACUUUUGGCCGGUAUCAAGGGUGUCUCUGAAGAAACCACAACCGGUGUUCAUCACUUGUACACUGCCAUGAAGCGUGGUACAUUGAAAUUGCCUGCCAUCAACGUUAACGACUCCGUCACAAAAUCCAAAUUCGACAACUACUACGGUUGCCGUGAAUCAUUGGUCGACGGUAUCAAGCGUGCCACUGAUGUCAUGUUGGGUGGUAAGGUUGCCAUUGUUGCCGGUUUCGGUGAUGUCGGUAAGGGAUGUGCUGAAUCUCUCCGCGGUUACGGUGCACGAGUCAUCGUUACAGAAAUCGACCCAAUCAACGCUUUGCAAGCUGCCAUGGCCGGAUACGAAGUUGAUACCAUGGAUGAUGUUGCUGCCAAGGCAAACAUCUUUGUCACAACUACUGGAUGCCGUGACAUCAUUACUGAAAAGCACUUCAACCAAAUGAAGGAUGAUGCCAUUGUGUGCAACAUUGGUCACUUUGACAUCGAAAUCGAUGUCGCUUGGUUGAACAAGAACGCCAAGGAAAAGAUUGAAUUGAAGCCUCAAGUUGACAGAUACACCCUCAACAACGGUCGUCACAUCAUUCUUUUGGCUGCCGGUCGUUUGGUCAACUUGGGAUGCGCUACCGGUCACCCAAGUAUGAUCAUGUCCUUCUCAUUCUGCAACCAAACAUUGGCACAAAUCGAAUUGUGGAAAGAAAACGAAGGCAACAAGAAAUACCAAUCCGGAAAGGUUUACAUGUUGCCCAAGUCAUCUGAUGAAGAAGUUGCACGUUUGCACUUGGACAAGGUUGCUGUUAAAUUGACCAAAUUGACAAAGGUUCAAGCCGAUUACCUCGAUUUGGGCGAAGAAGGUCCAUACAAGCCAGAACACUACCGUUACUAGAUGUACGGAUUGUGCUCUGACUGGUGGAGUUUUCUAGCUUCUUUCUCCAGCACAACCUGCCCAUGUCUUCUUUCAACACUGAUGACAAAAGGGUAGGUUAUCCUAUUUCCAUUCCAUACCCUAUCUCUCAAAAUCGAAGUUCAUCUCUUUUGAACUACAAAAUUAUUUUCUGGUCAGACUUCCUCUUUUGCUCUUGCGAUUGGGAAUUCUGUUCUUAUAAUUUACAUAUAUAAUCACUUUCGUACAUAUAUCUCGUUUUCUAGGUUUCGUCAUAGUCAAUCACUUUGCUGUGUAUCAGUAUUCAAGCAUUUCCGCUUUUUCAACAAAGCGUUUCAAUCCACAUCAUUGAAAAACAA